GUCACUGUUGAGAAUCUGUUACAUAAACCGCUCUGAAACUGUGACCAUCGGACAGGAGCAUCAAGAUUAGCCCAUAAAAUACCUACCAAUAAGUCUGGAACUAUUUUAAUUCUAACUUCAUAGAUAUAGAUAGAUAUAGAAAUAUAGAAAAGAUCCACCAUCGGUCGAACAUUUGUGGAUUCUUCCUGACUAUUGGAGCCAUUGAAUUUAAUUGACAAAGGUGGUAAAACUUUCACUGACCUAAUGGCAAUGUCAUCUUGACCAUGGGAGUUCACAUUCGUAAAGAAUGAGACUAAAAACAGACGGUCGCUGCGCAUCAUCUGUUACUAUCAUGUUCCAUAUUGCAGACGUGUAAUGAUUGUUGUUGUGCACUGCUUCAACACACAGACGCACUCAGGCAAACUAAACUGUGGGACGAAAAUCAUUAAGCAGUGUUUCCGCAGGAAUGAUUUUAUGAGCGCAAAGAUGGCGGCUUCUUUGCUGAGGAUAGGGCGACUUGGCUCUGUCAAGUGUGUGCAGGCAGAGAGGUGGAGCACUCUGAGUGCUCCUGCAGCUGCGGCCCUAUGCACGAAAGCUGGUGGUACCAAGAAGCCCAAGAAGAGCAGCUCAGCAAAAAAGUCCCAGGGCAAAACAUAUUUUGAUUUAGAGAAGCUUGUACCACACAGAAAAUAUGUGGAGUUUCCAAAGAAAGUAAUGACACCAGCUGCUGCAGCAAAACUUGCCGCCGCCCCAAAGCCUGUUGAAGCCACUGCCCCAAAGCCUGUUGAAGCCGCGGCUGAAGCUGUUCCGGCCCCCGCUGCAGUCGAAGUCACCCCCGUCGUCGACACAGUCGCCCCCGCAACUGAAGCCAUUGUUGAAUCCGCCGCUCUUGUAGCCAAAGCCGCCCCCGUUGUUGAAGCCGCUGCAUCAGUAGCUGAAGCCGCUCCUGUUUCAGCCGAAGCGGCUCCCAUCGUUGAAGCUUCAUCAGCAGCCAACGCUCCUGUUGAAGCCGUCCCAGAUGCUGCUGCCCCUGCAGAAGCGGUUGCUGAAGCUGCCCCAGUUGAAGCCAUAGCAAAGGCCCCAGUAGAAGCUGCCCCAGUUGAAGCUGCCCCAGUUGAAGCCAUAGCAGAAGUUGUGGUUGAAUCUGCAACCAUCGAAGGUGCGGCUGAAGCCCUCGUGGAAGUUGUAGCAGAGGUUGUGACUCUAGCUGCCCCCAUUGAAGCUGUGGCUGAAGCCCUCAUUAAAGCUGCAGCAGAGGUUGUAGCUGAAGCUGCCCAAGUUGACGCUGCAGCAGAGGAGCUGAUUGCAGAGCCCCCCCCGGCCGAGGCAGAACGGAUUGAGGCACAUGAGGUUCAACUGGACCCAAUCCAGAAGCUCUUCCUGGAUUCGAUCCGCGAGUACUCCUCAAAGAGUGUGGCCAGUGGCGGUUUGGUAGAGGCAGGCCCUGCGUAUGAGAAGAACUUAGCAGAGGAGUUGACUAAACUCCAGCGGCUUUAUGGUGGUGGAGAACUCACAGCUUUCCCAGAGUUCAAGUUCACAGAGCCCAAGCUGGAGGAAGUGGCCCCCAAGUAAACAUCAACAGUUUUUAUUUUUUUAUUAUACAGCUUUUUCCUGUCCAUCUGUUCUAUGAAUAUUGGAAGUCUAAAGAUAACUGUAUGAAGUUGAUACUAAAAUCCUUUUAAUUUUCUAUGUGGGGGGGAUAGAGCUGAUUCCGUAUAAAUAAAAGUUCUCUGACUUAAAGUCUGUAUUAGAUGCACAUGUUUGGAGGUCAAGCGUAGGCUGAGCUUUGAGCUGUGAAAUAGAUAUGCAUUUACAUAGGAUGAUCCAGGAAUGUUGGAUGGGGGGAAUAAACUCUGAUCCAUAUUCUA